AUGUCUACACCCCAAACCACCCUCCCCAAAGGCUCUUGGAUCCUCAUCACCGGCGCCAACGGCUACGUUGCCUCGCACACUGCCAAACAGUUUCUCGAACGAGGCUACAAAGUCCGCGGCACAGUCCGUGACCUGUCAAAAUCCUCGUGGCUGAUCGAGGACAUCUUCAAAGGAUAUGCCGACAGUGGCGACUUCGAAAUAGUCCAAGUAGCCGACCUCGCUGUCGAGCACGCCUUUGACGAUGCGGUGCGCGGCAUGUCUGCUGUCGUGCAUGUCGCGUCGAUUGCCACGUUUGACCCAAACCCGCAUAACAGUAUACCACAGGUUGUCUUGGGGGUGACAUCUCUGCUAGACUCUUCGCUGAAAGAGCCCUCGGUGAAAGAGUUUGUGUAUACUUCGUCUAUUGCGGCCAAGGUGAUGCCUGCCCCGGAAAAUACCACGCAUAUCGGUCCAGACACGUGGAAUGAGACCGCAGUGCAGCUUGCCUGGGCACCUCCCCCUUAUGACGACCCUGCUCGCGGGUUCAUUGCGUACAUGGCUGGCAAGACCGAGGCGGAAAAGGCGCUGUGGAAGUUUGUUGCUGACAAAAAGCCGCCUUUCACAGUCAACAGCAUCUAUCCGGGGGCUAUUCUGGGGGAGUCUUUCGCCAAGAAACAUUGCGAAACUCCGUAUGCUUGGAUCAAGGUGAUUUAUGAUGGGAAAAGGGAGGCGUUGGCAGGAACUCCAGCGACAAUAUCCAACGACGUCAAAGACUGCGCGCUGCUGCAUGUUGCAGCAGUGCUGGACCCCGAGGUGAAAAACGCGCAGCUUCCAGGAUGGGGACAGCAUUGCAACUGGAACGACAUCCUGGCCAUCAUGCGAAGACUGUACCCCGAACGAGAGUUUAUUGAUGAUCUGCCCGGCAUGAGCAAGCAGCAGUUGACCACGGACUGCAGUCAGGCGCUCGCAUUGUUGGAGAAAUGGGGUGGCCAAAAGGGGUGGAAGAGUCUGGAGGAGACUGUGGCCGACAACAUGAAGAGUAUUUUGAAAUUCUACUCCUGA